AUGAAGGCCUCACCCCUGGCCGCUGCAGGCGUAGCCCUGGCUUCUACCGCCCAGGCGCAAGUCGUCCAAUUCGAUAUCCAGAAACGAGAUGGGCCGAAUCUGAGAGAUCUAGGCCGCCGAGCCGCCACUAUCAACGGCGUUCUUUCAAAUCAACAGAUCCAGGGUGGAUACUUCCUCAACGUCGAGGUCGGAACGCCUCCUCAGAACAUUACUCUUCAGCUGGACACAGGCAGUAGCGAUGUCUGGGUACCUUCUUCAGACGCCGACAUCUGUACCCAGGUUUCACAGAGGAAUCCUGGCUGCACAUUUGGAAGCUUUGACUCUAGUAAAUCCAGUAGCUUGAGAACUGUUGGAAAGGACGAGUUCGAUAUUACCUAUGUCGACAACUCAUUUUCCAAGGGCGACUACAUCCAAGAUGACUUCCACAUCGGUGGCGUGACUGUCUCCAAUCUUACCAUGGGCCUUGGCCUGGACUCAUCCAUCGCCAAUGGCCUCAUCGGAGUCGGCUAUAUCAACGACGAGGCUUCCCUCAGCACAAUACGAUCCACCUACCCGAACCUUCCGGUUGUCUUACAACAGGAGAAGCUAAUCAACACCAUCGCAUACAGUCUCUGGCUAAACGACCUCGAUGCCAGCGCGGGCUCCAUCCUGUUUGGCGGUAUCGACACGGAAAAGUACCAGGGCGAUCUGACAAAAAUCAACGUUCAACGUCCUGACAACAGCAAUGUCUUCACCGAGUUUGCGGUCGAGCUCUUUGAGGUGCAAGCCACAAGCCCUUCUGGAACCGAUACGCUCAGCACGAGCGUGGACUCCCUGGUCGCCGUUCUGGACUCGGGAACCACCUUGACCUAUCUGCCGCAGGACAUGGCCGAGCAGGCAUGGAAGGAAGUGGGCGCCAGCUUCAACGAAGAAUUUGGCCUGGCUGUUGUCCCUUGCUCAAUCCGAAAUGUCAACGGACACUUCUCCUUCACUUUUGCCGGUCCCGACGGCCCCAAGAUCAACGUCACCAUGGCCGAGCUUGCCCUCGACCUCUUCAGCGGCGGACCUCAGCCCAAGUUUUCCUCCGGACCCAACCAAGGCCAGUCUGUUUGCGAGUUUGGCAUCCAGAACACGACCGGCUCUCCUUUCUUGCUGGGCGAUACUUUCCUCCGCUCUGCAUUUGUUGUCUAUGACCUGGUCAACAACGAGAUUGCCAUUGCCCCGACAAACUUCAACUCCACCAAGACCAACGUUGUUGCUUUCGCCAGCAGUGGCGCUCCUAUCCCGUCCGCCACCAGCGCCCCCAACCAGAGCAAAUCUGGCCCCUCGUCAGGAACGGGCGGCAUGUCUGCUGCUAGUGGCUUCCAGGACAGCGACAACGCUGCGCCUUAUACGAGCGCCUUUUCUGGCCCUGGAGCAAUGAUUGUUGGCAUGACCAUUGGUUACACUCUCCUUGGAGGCGCCAUUUUCGGCGCUGGCUGGCUGUAA